AGGCGGCCAGGGGGAUCUGAUAGGUGGUGAGUCAGGAGAGAGGCCCACCAGGCGGCCGGGUGUAUCUGAUAGGUGGUGAGUCAGGAGAGAGAGACCCACCGGGCAGCCAGGUGGAUCUGAUAGGUGGUGAGUCAGGCGAGAGGCCCACCAGGCGGCCGGGUGGAUCUGAUAGGAGGAGGUGAGUCAGGAGAGAGAGGCCCACCAGGCGGCCAGGGGGAUCUGAUAGGUGGUGAGUCAGGAGAGAGGCCCACCAGGCGGCCGGGUGAUCUGAUAGGAGGUGAGUCAGGCAGAGCACGGGACGGAGCCAGGCCUGGCGCAGCCAGGGGCACCUGGGCGAGAGGCUGAGGACGAUGUGUAGGAGGAACCUGGGGGCGCGUGCCGACGCAGUGCCGGAGCGGCCAAGGACACGCCAGCACGGGGGUGCGAGGCCCAGCCAUCUGGACGCAGGCCCAGCCGCCCAGGACUGUGCACGCCCAGGUCUCCGCUCUCCUGCCGACACCAGCGACCACCCAGCCCAGCCGGACCACAUGGCCCCCCGUUCUCCUGAUGUAUGAGGACCCCUGCGGGCGCCUGAGUGAGCGCAGCCCCUGCCCGGCGGGGCCAUGGCGAGCAUGGCCGUGCAGCUGCUGGGCUUUCUGCUCAGCUUCCUGGGCAUGGUGGGCACGCUCAUCACCACCAUCCUGCCGCACUGGCGCCGGACAGCACACGUGGGCACCAACAUCUUGACGGCCGUGUCCUACCUGAAAGGGCUGUGGAUGGAGUGUGUGUGGCACAGCACGGGCAUCUACCAGUGCCAGAUCUACCGCUCGCUGCUGGCGCUGCCCCAGGACCUGCAGGCGGCCCGCGCGCUCAUGGUCAUCUCCUGCCUGCUGGCGGGUGCGGCCUGCGCCUGCUCCGUGGUGGGCCUGAAGUGCACGCGCUGCGCCAAGGGCACGCCGACCAAGGCCACGUGUGCCGUGCUGGGCGGCGCGCUCUUCAUCCUGGCCGGCCUGCUCUGCAUGGUGGCCGUGGCCUGGACCACCCACGACGUGGUGCAGAACUUCUACAACCCGCUGCUGCCCAGCAGCAUGAAGUUCGAGAUCGGGCAGGCCCUGUACCUCGGCUUCAUCUCCUCGUCCCUGGCGCUCAUCGGCGGCACCCUGCUCUGCCUGUCCUGCCUGGACGAGGCCCCCUCCAGGCCCUACCCGGCCCCGCCCCGGGCCGCCACCGCCACCGCGCCCUCCUACCGGCCGCCCGCCGCCUACAAGGACAACCGGGCGCCCUCGGUCACCUCGGCCUCGUACAGCGGGUACCGGCUCAACGACUACGUGUGAGACCCCAGGGCCUGCACCUCCCUGAGCCCAGGGGGCCCGGCACCCAGGACCCGGGCACUAAGUUUACGUCUGGGCUGCUUCUGUGCCCAGCAUGUGGGCGUGAUGGGCUGGGAACCAGGGAGGAGGGAAGUGAGAGGAGAAACGCUGUUAUACCAAAGACUACAGAAGUCCUCCUGGCUUUGUAUUUAUUCCAUGUAUUUAUGUGGGUGACGUGAAAGCAGCCGAGGCAAGAGCACCGUGGGGGUUGGUCCGUGGAUUUGUCUGCAGGACGGGAAUAAACCUGUGGGCUGUGGUUGUUUCUGAAA